UUCUCCACUGUCACGGUCCUGGACGCUUCGCUUAUACCCUGUUUUCUCUCAGCUGUUGGACAAUAUUUUUUUCGUCAGUGCGGCGGGACCUUGGGAUGCUCGCACGCACAAAACUAUGAUCCCAGCAUCCAAGGUUAUCGAUCUGGAGUGUCCUGUCAGUUUUGCUUCUGGUCAGAGGGAAGUGUCACUACAGGUUGCAUCGUCUUGGCGCCUUUCCUCGUGCCGGAUCAUGUCCUGGACGACGGCGCGUUGUCCUACCCUUCCGGCCGGCCGUCCCGUGUGAGUCCAGUCAUCUUGGCGUCGUCGGCUCCUCACCCGAGAGAGGAUGCACCUGACGCAAGAUGGCGCUGAACCGAGUUCCAGCGACGGUGACCGCAUCCAUGGAGCGUCGGCGGCGGCGGCAAAGGCAACCGCGUCCACCGAAAGCGACGGCCGCAAACGCGCCGCGCCAGAUGCCGCCAUGAGUAAGACCUUCGUGCGCAGGUCGACAGCCGCUUGCGGACUGGUCGUCCUUCUCCUCUUAUUCUGCAGUGUCGGUCUUUUACUCGCCUUCCUCAAGGGUCACAAGCAGCAGACCUUGUCCAUAGGCCACAAAAAAUCCAACCGGAAGGAAGGUUUCCUCCCGGCGUCGCCUUCCUACUUGCCCCCAACGAUACCACCAUCGACGACCACCACCUUGACCCCACCGACGACGACACGGGAACCCGCGAAACCAAAGUACAACUUCAGACUCCCCGACUACAUCCUUCCCCUGUCGUACGACCUGACCUUAGAACCCCACCUGGACCGUGACACGUUCGACGGUGAAGUGUGGAUAACAGUGAAUGCUACGAGAGCCACCGAUAAGUUCUUUGUGCACGUCUUCCGUUUGUCCGUCGAAGAAGCUGAGGUCUUCGACGACGUCGGUCCGCUGGAAACGGGAAAGCUAGAGAUUGACGACCUCAACGAGUUCCUUGUCGUGCCUGUGUCGGCUGUGGAAGGUGGACCUGUGCCCGUUGGGAUAUAUCGGCUCAGGUUCCGGUUUAGAGGUUCUCUGGUCGGCGGCAUCGUCGGGUUCUACAAGAGCAGGUACAGGAUCGGCAACGAAACUAGGUUCCUAGCGACGUCGAAGUUCCAGCCGACGUACGCCCGCCGUGCAUUCCCGUGCUUCGACGAGCCCAGUUUCAAGUCCACCUUCAACGUUACCCUCGUUCACGAUCAAGGCUACCGAGCCCUCUCCAACAUGCGUGUGCUGCCUGGCUACCCCAUCAUGCGAGACGAUCGGAAGCUGGUCACGAAAUUUGAGGAAUCCGUUCCCAUGGUAACCUACCUGGUCUGCUUCAUCGUAUCUGAUUUUAAGAAGACUGAGACGAUCGCGUCGAUGAACAAGAUUCCUUUCUCCGUGUACGCUACGCCUAACCAACUGAACAAAACCUACUACGCCCUGGACAUCGGUUCUCGGAUAUUGAACUUCUACGAGGAGUACUUUGAUCUCAAAUAUCCGCUACCAAAGCAAGAUAUGAUUGCAAUCCCAGACUUUGUUUCCGGCGCAAUGGAGCACUGGGGACUUAUCACCUUUCGUGAAGUGAACUUGCUCUUUGAUGCCAAACAAUCUAGUCCUAGAAACAAACAACGUGUUGCAGCAGUGGUUGCGCAUGAGCUUGCGCACAUGUGGUUCGGAAACUUGGUGACAAUGAAGUGGUGGGACGACCUUUGGUUGAACGAGGGCUUCGCCAGUUACAUUGAAUACAAGGGCAUCGACCACGUUGAGCCAAAAUGGGAUAUGAUGGACCAAUUUCUAACGGAAGACCUGCAACCAGUCAUGGAUCUGGACUCUACGACAACCUCGCACCCCGUUGUUCAAUGCGUCUCCAAUCCAGACGAGAUAACGGAGAUAUUUGAUACCAUAUCGUACAACAAGGGGGCUUCCGUGCUUCGAAUGCUGGAAAAUUUUCUCGGACAUGCUGUGUUCCGGAAAGGUGUUUCGUCCUUCCUAACCCACCAUCAGUUUGGCAACGCAAGGACGCAAGAUCUGUGGGACGAACUUUCAGCUGCAGCGAAAUGGGUCCUUCCUAGAGGAUAUAACGUGUCAACCAUCAUGAACACGUGGACGCAGCAGAUGGGAUAUCCUGUUGUGACGAUGACCCGAAGCAUGGAUGACCCGACAUUGAUUACCGUUACACAGGACAGGUUCCUCAGAAAUACUGAGCACUGUGAUCAGGACGUCGCAUCUUCAUACCUGUGGAGUAUUCCACUCAGCUACAAGACAUCAGCGGCUAGGAACAAGGUGAAACAUGCGUGGCUUCACGAGAAGAAAGACGAAUUUCACAUCUACGAUGCUGGCCGCGACGGAUGGGUGAAAUUCAACGUCAACCAAACUGGAUAUUACCUCGUCAACUAUGACAUGAGAGACUGGCUGCGUUUGGGAGAGGUCUUGCAGAAACAUCACGAGGAACUGACCCCGGCCGAUCGUUCGAAUCUCCUGUACGACGCGUUCCAGUUGGCGUGGUCUGGUCGCCUUUCGUACGACGUCCUAUUCAACAUGACUCAGUAUCUGAUCCACGAGAUGCAUUUGAUCCCAUGGUCCACUGCUCACGGUUCGCUGCUGGCUCUGUCGCAUCUCUUAGAGAACACAGAAGUUCGGCGACCUAUGCAGACAUACAUACGGAAGCUCGUCGACCCAAUUUACAAGACUCUCGGUUGGGAAGACGGAGAGAAGCAUAACGACAAUCUUUUGAGGACCGUCAUCCUAGACCUGGCGUGCAGAAACCUUCAUCAAGAAUGCCUGAAAGAAGCGAAGCGAAGACUUACAGCUUGGGUAGAUCAUUGCCAAGAAGUGCCAAGAAAUAUUCGAAGCAUCGUCUACCGCUACGGGAUGUACCAGAGCAACGGAGACCACGAAUGGCAGUUCAUGUGGGAAAAAUAUCUGAAAGAAGUCUCUGCCCAGGAAAGGGUGAACCUGCUGUACGGCAUGGCGCAUGUCAGAAGCCCGCCGUUGAUUCACAGGUAUCUGACGUACGCUAUGAACGAAAGUUACAUUCGACGCCAAGACUUCUUCAGCGUCUUAUCGUUUCUGGCUGGCAACACUGUUGGAAGAGACAUAGUGUGGAAGUUCGUGCGUUCCAAGUGGGACAAACUGGUUCAACGGUUCUCUCUAAACGAUCGAAACUUGGGCAAGGCAGUGAAGACUAUCUGUGAUUACUUUACAAAGCAGUUCGAUUACAACGAGAUGAAAGCAUUUUUCACGAAACACCCCAACGCUGGAGCUGGAAAACGUGCCAGAAAACAAGCGCUGGAAAACGUCCGCAAUAACAUCGCCUGGAUCAUGCAGCACGAGCCCAGCGUUGCCAAGUGGCUCACGUCCAAUGUCAUCCCGGAACCCUGGGAAGGGUUGCGACUACCCCGUCACGUGACUCCCCACACUUAUGACGUCACUCUGGAACCGAUCCCGGAGAACGACACGGUGAUCGGCAGCGCCUCCAUAAGCGUCAAGCUCAGGAAAGCCACCAACGUGAUUCUAGUGCACGCCAGGAACAUCAAUAUCUACGAGACCCGAAUCGAACGAGCGAGCGGUCCGAACAUCGGCAAAGAGAUACGGUUCGAGAACGAGCCCUUUCUGUACGCGGAAAAUGACUUUUGGGUGACGCAGACGAAAGAUAUAAUGCCCCCUGGCCGAUACAUGCUCAGAUUUAGGUUCGAAAGUUCGCUUUUGAACAGCUUGCAGGGGCUCUAUAAGAGCUCGUAUACGGACAGUCGGACUGGUGAGAAAAGGUAUAUCGUGACGUCACAUCUGCAAGCUACAGCAGCGCGGAUGGUGUUCCCGUGCUUUGACGAACCGAGUUUUAAGGCCAACUUCACCAUCACGGUCAUACACAACCGCAACAUGACAGCGUUGUCUAACAUGCCUGUGGAAAGGACCGCCAAUUACAGCGAGACAAAGGUGGCAACAACAUUUCAAGAAUCCCAUAAGAUGGUGACGUACUUGGUCGCCGUGGUGGUUUGUGACUUCGAGCACGUCGCUGGUACGACUUCCAGAGGCACCCCUGUUCGAGUGUAUGCUCGGAAGGAUAUGAUCGGCUACGCAGGUUACGCACUAGAUACGGCUAUACAAGUGCUCGAGUUCUUUGAGCAGCAAUUCGAUAUACCGUAUCCUCUGCCUAAAUUAGAUAACAUCGCGGUGCCCGACUUUCAACUGGGCGCCAUGGAAAACUGGGGCCUCAUCACGUUCAGAGAGUCCAGACUCCUUUAUGACCCGAAUACAUCCUCGGUUUCGGAUAAGUUCAAAACUGCGGAGGGUGUUGCCCACGAACUGGCUCACAUGUGGUUUGGCAACCUUGUUACCAUGAAGUGGUGGAACGAUGUGUGGCUCAACGAAGGUUUUGCGACAUACAUUUCCUCGAAGGGUGUGGAUGCUGUACAUCCUGGUUGGGACGUGGAGAACCAGUUUAUUUACAAGCUGCUCACGGGUGUCCUGGAGAAGGACGCUGUCCCGAGCUCCCAUCCUAUUGUCCUCCCAGUCAGAAAUCCGAAUGAGAUAUCGGAAAUAUUUGACGAGAUAUCCUACUACAAGGGAUCGGCGGUUAUUGGUAUGCUGGAAUCGUUUAUGGGAUCCGAAGACUUCGCUCGUGGCGUCCGUAAUUACCUGCGAACCCGCAAGUAUGGCAGCGCCGUAACUCUGGACCUUUGGAGAGAACUCGAGCACGCCUCGUCAAAGAGUCUACACAUCACCACCAUUAUGAACACGUGGACGCGUCAGAUGGGAUUUCCAUACGUCUCCGUCAAACGGCUCGAAACCAAUACGAGCCUCUACGAGGUCUCGCAACAGCGAUUUCUUCUCAAUCCUGAAGCUGCUGCAAACCUCACCAAUGAUUCUGCUUUUAGGUACAUGUGGGAAAUUCCACUGACAUUUAAGACUUCUACAAAGGUUCAAGGCCUUCACUGGCUCAAGACAAAUGCGUCAGAAAUUUUUGACGUGGGGCUACGAAAGAACAGCGACUGGGUGAAGUUCAAUGCCGACUUCAAAGGCUACUAUCUCGUUCACUACGAGGAGGAUGACCUAGGAGUGCUGUCUGAUGUCCUUUUCGAAAAUCACAAGCAACUUUCACCUGCGGACAGGGCUGAGCUCAUCUUCGAAACAUUCCUGCUGGCGAGAGCCGGUGUCACGCCCUAUCCAGCUGCCAUGGAAUUGACGGGGUACCUUCGGAAGGAACGCCACUUCAUUCCACUCCUGGCCGCUUCGACGUCGUUACAACACAUUGCUAGGUGUCUCAGAGAAGACAGCGAACAGCAGUUGUUUUUGGUAUACCUCCAAUACAUCUCCGAAGGUGCCUUUGAGGACUUCUUGUGGCUCGACAAAGGGGAUCACUUGACCAAGCGUGCCAGAGAAGUAGCCAUAGAACUGUCCUGCUUCAGUGGAGAUCGCAUCUGCCGACAAAGAGCCGCCGAUGCUUUAAUGGCUUGGGUCAAGGGCGAACAAAUUGCAGCCAAUCUACGCGAGCUGGCCUAUGUGUGGGGCAUGGUUCACGUUUGCAACGAAGAAAUUUGGGAGCACAUGUGGCAGGCGUACUUGAAAGAACCGUCGGCCGGUGAACGCAACAAGUUGCUCAAGGGUCUCGCCAGCAUCAGGAAUGUCGCCAUCAUUGACAGGUUGCUCAACGCGUCUUUGAACGAGUCUCUGAUACGGAGACAGGACUUCUAUGCCUUGAUGUCCCACAUAGCGGAGAAUACAGACGGUUUACAUUCAGUAUGGGCUUUCCUCCGUAAACACUGGGACGUACUUGUUGAAAGGUUCACCUUAGAAGACAGAAAAUUUGGCAGAAUCGUUUAUUCCGUCUGCAAACAUUUCACUACGCUUCAAAAGCUCCGAGAGAUGGAAGAAUUCUUCGAGGCACAUCCCGAAGCCGGCGCGGGUACCCGAGCUAGAUCCCAAGCACUAGCAGCGGUCAGAGACAACAUCCGAUGGCUGGCCAACUUCCGCGAACCCGUCCUCAACUGGAUUCGAGAGUACAAAGUUCAGCCUUGGGAGAACCUCCGACUCCCGUCGCACGUUGUCCCCGUACACUAUGACUUGCGACUUCAGCCCUUCUUGGAAGACCAGUACUUCGAAGGCAAAGUAGACAUCGAGAUCCAGCUCUUCAAACCAGUCCGGAGUAUUCAUGUCCAUAUCAAGGACAUGAAUGUCACGUCGGCCUCCAUAACAGAAGCCAACAGAGUGAUACCCGUUCAGGAAUCGUUCGAGUAUGAGGACAACGAAUUCUUUGUGAUGAAGUUCGACUCGACGAUCGAUAUUGGAAAGUAUGUGUUGCACUACGAGUUCAGUGGAAACAUGACCAAAGAUCUGAAAGGGUUGUAUCUGAGCACCUACACAGAUGUACACAACCAGACGCGAUAUCUGGCGACAACGCAAUUCGAGCCGACGGACGCAAGGAGCGCGUUCCCUUGCUUUGAUGAACCAAGGUUCAAGGCUACGUUCAGCAUCAGUUUAAUACACGAACCGAAGUACAUCGCCAUCUCAAACAUGCCCAUAAAGGAGAAUUCGACUACCGCAACUGGAUUCCGUGUGACAAAGUUUGAAAGGACGGUAGCCAUGACGACGUACUUGGUGGCUGUGGUCGUCUGUGACUUCGCGCACAUCAAAGGCACGAGCACAAACGGAGUCCAAGUACGUGUCUUCGCUAGGGAAGACGAAAUUGCUAAAGCUGAAUACGCCAUGGCAUCUGCCUUGAAGAUAUUGUCCUACUUUGAAGAGUAUUUUAAGAUAAAAUACCCACUUCCGAAGCUCGACAUGAUCGCCAUUCCCGACUUCUCGUCGGGAGCCAUGGAAAACUGGGGUCUCAUAACCUACCGAGAAACGAGACUUCUCUACGACCCCAAGACGUCUUCCUCGACAGACAAACAGGGCGUUUGUCGUGUCAUUGCUCACGAAAUCGCUCACAUGUGGUUCGGAAACCUGGUAACAAUGAGAUGGUGGGACGACCUGUGGUUAAACGAAGGAUUCGCAAGCUACAUACAGUACAAGGGAAUGGACCACGCUGAACCUGACUGGGAAUCGAUGACGCAAUACGUCUCCACAGCCUUGCUUAUGGUGUUCGAAUCAGACUCUGCCGUCACAUCUCACUCCAUCGUGCAACCGGUGGAGAAUCCCAACGAAAUUUCCUCCUUAUUUGACACCAUUUCGUACAACAAGGGUGCUGCUGUGCUCAGGAUGUUGGAGAGCUUCUUGUCGCCUGAAGAAUUCCGAGAGGGCAUCGCAAAAUACUUGAGGAAGUACCAGUACAAAAAUACGCUCACAGUCGACCUCUGGGAGGAACUGGAGAGCGUGUCUUCUGCGAAGGUGACAAUUAGUUCCACCAUGGAUACGUGGACCAGGCAAAUGGGGUAUCCUGUCUUGAGCAUCGAGAGAGAUUGUUCCAAUUUUACGAUAGAACAGUCGUGGUUCCUGAUGGAUCGUGACACUGCUGUGAACAGGACUGCGUCCCGCUUCAAGUAUAUUUGGCACAUACCGCUAUCCUAUCGCACGAGUGCGGGGCACACUGGUUUCAUAUGGCUGAAGAAAAGGAAACAUACGUUGAACAUCGAUGUGCCGGACGACGGCUGGAUCAAGUUCAACAACAACAUGACUGGUGUUUACUUCAUCAAUUACGACGACGAGAGUUUCAAAGUGAUUCUCAACGCUCUCAAGCAAGAAAUCGAUGCCUUCACACCGAGUGAUCGCGCUGAGUUGAUCAUCGAGGCAUUUUUCCUCGCCCGGGCAGGAUACGUCAAGUACAAGACUGCCAUCGAAUUGGGUCUGUACAUUGUAAACGAAAGACACCUGGUACCUUGGGCAGCCUUCGAGGAUGUCAUAUCAUUCAUGUACAAUCGCCUCAGGGGUACAGCCACUGGGGAACUUUUAAAGGGAUACGUGCUUGCGUUGUUGAAGGACGUCUUUGGCGACCUUUCGUUCGGAGACACUGGGACUCACAUGGAGAGACGACUGCGGACAACUCUGUUCCACUUAGCGUGCAGAUUUGGACACGACCACUGCCUGACGUCUGCCACGAAUGCCUUAUUGCAAUGGUUGGGUGGAAAGCCGGUGGAGCCGAACUUCAAAAACAUCGUGUACGGCUACGGCAUGCGGCAAAUAGGAAACGAAACAAUUUGGCAGCGACUCUUCGACAGCUACAUGGCCGAACCGAUACAGGCGGAAAGGAUCAAAAUGAUGACAGCGCUUGGCCAAGUCCAGGAUGAAGCACUCAUCCAGAGGUACCUAAACUUUUCAUUCGAUGAAAGCAAAGUGCGUGGACAAGAUAUCACCAUGGUGUUCUCGACGGUGGCGAACAAUCCGAUGGGACUGGAGAUUGCCUGGACGUUUCUCCGAAAGAAUUGGAAGGACAUUGUUGAUAAAUUCACGGCCAACUCUAGGAUACCAGGCAAACUGAUUAAGAUUGUUUGCCGGAAUUUCAACAGUGCACAGAAAAAACAAGAGAUGGAAGAAUUCUUUGCUCAGAACCCGGAUGCUGGAACGAGUAAACAUCCUCGUGAAGAAUCCUUGCAGAGUGUUCAAAAUAACAUCAAAUGGAUCUCAAAGUACGAAUCAGACUUAGCCACAUCUCUCCAAGCAGUUCUUCGUCGAAACAACUAAAUGGUCACGCAAGAAUUUGACGUCUUAAAAAACACAAAAGUCGCACAACAGAAAUGUCCUCGACACCCAAAUUUCUAGCGACUUCGCUUCCUCUCUUUUUUUUUCUCUUUUUUUUUGUACAUACGUUGCAACUGUACAUAAACGGUGUAAAUUAUCUGCAUA